AUGGAGCCUCCUUGUCGUGAGCAGCGCAGACCUCCAACCGAGCCCUCCUCUUCGAGGGCGAGUGGUGGGGAGGCCAGCCACUCCACGGUGGACCUGCCCGCGCUGAUCGCGUCCUGCAAUCCAUCUGUCGCCAUCUUCGACCUUGACUCCACCCUUUGGAACGGCAACUGCGAGAGUUUUGAUGCUGCGCGUGUUGUGGCGCCUGGCGAGGCGUCCGACACGGCUGGCCGCACGCUGCGCCUCUUCCCAGAGGUCUCCGCGGUUUUCGAGGCGCUUUCGCGCGCCCGUGUUCCAAUCGGGAUCGCGUCGGCCUCGCCCGCCGCGGCCACCGCCACCCGCCUCCUGCAAGGUUUUCGCCUCGAUUACGGGCACGCUGUGGUGCAGCCGGGCAGCAAGAGCACGCACCUGAAGGCGAUCGCGGCGGCGCUCAAGGUCGACCUGCGCCGUGCGCUCUUCUUUGACGACCUGCCUCACAACAUCCGCACCGCCGACGCUGUUGGUGUGGGCGCCGCCGUCCAGGUCGCGCGUAGCUCCGGCGUGACGCUCGACGACGUGAGGCGCGCGCUGCGGCGCUGCCGCGAAAGAGGAAAGCAGCGCGGGCUGAUGGCGAGGUGCCUCGCAGCACUCUACAUUGGCGUCUGCGACACGUCCCAGCCACUGUCAAUCACAAAGGGGGGCAACAACUUUUGCACGUGCGCCUACAACUACUUCUGUGGUGCAUCCGUGGGCCGCUACAUCAGUCCGCCAUGCUACUGCGGGCCGCCGGAGCUGGCCAAAGCGGCGUGCAUCUGCUGCUUACCUGCCGAGGACCGAUGCGGCGCGAUGACCUUCAUGGGGCAGCACACGGCGCACGCAGCUUCGAUUGGCCCUGGGACGCUCUACUGGAAGGCUCCACCGACAGUCACCGAAGAGGAGUCCUACCUCAGCAUCUAUGGUCCCUGGACCCGAAUCAGCCCGCGCUUCCUCUUCUCGUGCUGCGAGCGGGUGCCCAUUCGAGGGCUGGAGGGCGGGGAUCCCAAUCGGUUCGGGACGGUGUGCGAGGCGCACUGGGAGUGA